AUGUCCGCCACUUCAGCAGAGAACAACCCCUGCUGCACGAAGUGCUCCACACCCCGAACCUACUCACAAUUCCUCGCAAACCACACCUCCACCAAGCAACCGAACCUAUUCUCAGAACAGGACACAUGCGCCAUCUGCCAGCUCCCCUACGGCAGCGAGAACCUCGCCCUCCAAAUGCUCGAUAAGGCCCUCGCCAUCAUAAACCUCCCCGGCUGCAACCACAUCCUCGGCUCAGCCUGUGUCCACCAGAUGAGCCUCGACACCUCAUCCGGCUCUUCGCGGCGAUGCCCACUCUGCCGAACAGAAUGGUGGCAGCAACCGGAAUACUAUACCGACAACGUCAGCGAGAGUGACAAGCACGAUAUCUCAGAAGCCAUAGCUAGGUGUUGGCAAACCGACUAUAGCACUGCUCGAUAUCAUAUAUAUGGGGAGCCGGAGUAUGCUGCUGUGUAUCCGCCACGCGGACUGGAUGAGCUGCAGCAGAAAUUGGAUUUUAAGAGGAGGAUUGGAGAUGCUGUUACGACGGAUGUGAUUGAGAAGAGGAUACAGGAUUUGAGGAAAGCCUCCGCGUUCACUCUUUCCGAAUCAGCAACGAUGAGGGUUCUUCAAGGCUUCGUUUCUUCCCUUUUACUUUCAGGCGCGGCUAUUGUCUCCGCAGCUUCCUCAUGGAGCUUUGAGGAUGCCACCGUGACUAUUACCAGCAAAGGUGCUGGUGUUGGCGGAGGUUCAAAGGACAAAUUGAGUCCUUCGACACCGCUGGGCAAAUCUGUAUCGUUGGGCGCAACGGAUACAUUGAAGCUUGUCCUCACAACCCUCGAUGGAAGCACCGCGAAGCGACCUCAUCAGGCAUUCCUUACUCUGACCGAACCAACGACGGGCUUGGAAGAGUCUUUUGUGUUCAAUGUAAAGGACAGCGGAAAGGGAAAGGUUGAUUUGUCUCACAAGGACCUACCCCACCAAUUCCUGACAUCCGAGAAACCAAUCGUCGCAUCGAUCGUCAUUGGAUCAUUCGGCUCUUCCGCGCCAUACAAGAGCAAAGCGUUCGACCUCGCCGUCACCCGCGACCCCAGCGUCCCUCUCAGCGUCCCCGAGCCGCCCGUCCGCUACGCCGCCGAGUCUGAGAUCCACCACAUCUUCAAAGAGGAUGCUAAGUCUCCACCUAAGAUCAUAACGAUUGUGUUCGCGGCUGCUGUUGCUGCUGCGCUGCCGAUCCUUCUCGGUGUAUGGGCUACACUUGGCGCGAAUGCCAACCACCUGAGCAAGGCGCUGGGCAACGCACCCGUGUCGCACGGGCUGUUUUAUGGAUCCAUACUGGCGAUGGAGGGCAUUUUCUUCCUGUACUACACCAGCUGGAACCUCUUCCAGACUUUGCCGGCUGCUGCCGUUGUAGGAGUUGUUGCUUUCCUGAGCGGUAGCCGGGCUUUGUCUGAGGUCCAGGAGCGGAGGCUAGCUGGACAGAGAUGA